GAGAGGAGGAGGGCAGCGGGCCCGGAAGAGAGAGGAGGGCAGCGGGCCCGGCCCUCCGCACCAUGGCCAGCCGCCGCCACCGCUCGGGCUACCUGGCGGACGAUGAGGCCAGCCACCCCGCCUGCGUGGCCCGGGUGCAGCCACCUAAGAAGUCACUGUUCUCAGAAAUGGUCCACGCCUCCAAGCCGGGCCACAGGCCACACCCGCCUUCCUCGCAUGACCCCUCUGGCAGUUCAGGCCGCUGCAGAAACCCCAAGGGCCCUCGACCCUUUAAGAGCUUCCUGGAUUUCCUUGUCGAGGGUCAGGUGCUGGAAAGCCUGCAGACGGUGGUGGAGGAGGCAACGGAGCGCAUGGCCACCGUGAAGACCGAGGCGGGGGUGCCGCUGGUGGAAGUGCAGGACCCCGUGGAGGUGCCGCGGGGCCGGCGCCGGGCGCGGGCCCGGCCCAGCCUCAGCACCCUGCGCCGGCACCGCGCCCGGCCCGGCCUCUGCGUGGGGCGCCCCAACAAUUACCCCUCACGCUCCAGUUCCAUGUCCGACUCCCGCAGCAGCUGCACAGCUGCCGACUGGCCAGGAUGCCACAGCCGGGACAGCGACCUGGGCUCCCGGGGCCUGGGCCGACUGCCACCCGUGUCGGACCAACUUCUGCUGGAGAAGAGCCUCAGACGGCUGCUGCAGCUGGAGAGCCGAGGGAGAGGCCUGGGGCAGCCCUCCUCCCACGGGGACUCACUGCUGUGGGACUCGCUGGACAGCCAGACCAGCAGCCAGUGGACCGUACAGCAGCCCCUGUCGUGGUUCUCAGGCCCGCUGGGCUCCAGCUGGGACACGCACGAAUCGUCAGAGCUGGGGCCCACGGAGCGCGAGCUGGGCUUCCUCAGGCGGCAGCUGAGCAAGGAGAUGAGAUCCCUGCUGAGCCAGCCGGCGUCGUUUGAGCUGCCUGGCUACUCUGCGCUCCGCGAGCCCCAUCGGACGCUGGACUUCCUGGCCGAGCACCACCUCUUCCCCGCCCUGCAGAACGUGGUCAACCGGGCCGUAGAGAAGCUCAGCGGCGCCCGCCGCCGCGACGGCGGCCCGCUCUUCCCGUCGGAAUGGGAGACGGCCCGGGAGUCCGACUCCAAGGUGGCCACGCCCACGGGCGGGGAGGAGCUCUACGCGUCACCGCCCACCACGGCCUCCAGCCCCCGGACCGCGCACAGGAGCAGCAAGCCCAAGGGGCGCGGCGAGGCCAAGGAAGCCGGCUCUCCCGUGUCUGGCCCUCAAGUGGCCACCAGGCUCCGGCUGGAGAGCCCCGGCUACAAGUUCAGCAAGAAGAAGCCGCUGCCCUCCAUCCUGUCCAGGUCCAGCAGUGUGUCCCGGCUCUCUGACCCCUGGCACGAGGAGCUCGUUGACUACCUGAAGGAUCAGGCUGUGUCCCUGCUCAUCCACAAAUACAGCUUCGAGAAGAACCUCACCAACCAGCUGGGCUUCAUCUCCUUCCCGGUCACCGAGGUGCUCAUGGACCUCUUCCUGGGCUUCAAGAAGGUGAAGGGCUCACGAAUCCGCCUGUCCUCCACGGUCGACUGGCACCGCCUGCUGCGCCAGCUGGAGGAGGCUGAGUCCAGCCAGCACUCGUCCCGGCUGGCUUUCCGGCCCCCUGACCGACCGACCUCCCAGCUCAGCACCCCUCGGCGAGGCAUGGGGACCCCCGCCACACCCUCCGAGGUCUCCGCCAGGGGCCACAGGAUCCGGGACAAGCCCAGGGGGCCCUCCUGCCUCGACGUGAGGCCCCAGGGCUCCCGGCCACAUCCCUCACAGGAGCACUCCAGGCCCCCGGAGGCCGAGCGGUUCCUGUCCCCCACCAAGGCCGGCGUGGCCUCCCAUCCAUCCGAGCAGACAGUGGACAUGGAGGACCAGCAGAACACUGAGGAGGACGAAGAGGAGGAGGAGGAAGAUGAGCAGGAGGAGGACGAGGAGGAAGACUUCUUUGGAGAUGAGGACCAGCCCCAGAGCUCCCAGGAGCCUCCAGGGGAGGCCGCAAUCAGCUCCCCCGUGGCAGGCUCUGGGGCAGGCCCCAGUGACCUCCCGUGA